AAGAUUUAGGGUUCUAGCUGAGCGAUGCUCGCUGCUGAGGCGUUCGCGAGCGAUGGAUGGCGAUUUCCUCACAGGGAGUGUGGAUUUCCGCGCAGCAGGCGGAGGAUUUACUGCGUCGCGGUGAGGGCCGCCGUGAGGGAGGAGGAUGAUCAAGAGAAGCCGCAGGAGAAGACGAUAUUUGUUUUGUCCGAGAAGCCCAAUCGAAGAGCUGCGGUGGAGGAGGUCGUGAAGCGGGCUAAUCGCGAGAGUCUUGCGGAUGAGAUUAUCCACCAGGAGGAGGAUGGGGAGAAUGUCGCGCACGACGGCAUGAAAGUCGCGGCCGAUCAUCGCAGUGGAUAUGUUGCGCUCAUAGGAAAACCGAAUGUGGGAAAGAGCACCCUUCUCAAUGGUAUCAUUGGACAAAAGCUUUCCAUUGUCACAGCAAAGCCGCAAACAACACGCCAUCGAAUUCUGGGAAUUUGCUCUGGUCCCAACUAUCAAAUGAUACUGUAUGAUACGCCUGGAGUGAUCACAAAACAAAUGCACAAGCUCGACGAAUUGAUGAUGAAAAGUGUGCGAAGCGCCACUAUCAAUUCCGAUUGCCUCCUCCUGAUCGCGGAUAUUUGCCAUCCUCCUGAGCAAGUUCUUGGGACUCUGGAUGAAGGUGCUGUCAAUCUCAUAAAAUCCAAGCCAACGCUCCUGGUGCUCAACAAGAAAGACAAAGUGAAGCAAAGCGAGAUACAAAAGAAGCAAGAGUGGUAUGAGAAGAACAGCGGGAUGGACGAGGUCAUACCAGUGAGCGCCAAGUUUGGGCUUGGAAUCGAAGAAGUGAAGCAGUGGCUGGUUUCCAAGCUUCCACUCGGCCCCGCAUACUAUCCACGGGAUAUUGUGAGCGAGCAUCAAGAACGAUUCUUUGUCUCGGAGAUCUUCCGCGAGAAGAUCUUUCAACUAUAUCGGGAGGAGAUCCCAUACUGUUCUCAGGUCAAUGUAGUGCGCUACGUCGAAAGGGAAGCACCCGCAAAGGACUUUAUAGAGAUCGAGAUUUUAGUCGAGAAAGAGUCGCAGAAGGCAAUUUUGCUGGGGAAGGAAGGAAAGGCUUUAAAAACUCUGGCUACUGCUGCUCGUCUGGACAUCGAGGAUUUUGUUGAUAGGAAAUGCUACUUGGAGAUCAAAGUUAAAGUGAAGGAAGAUUGGAGAAAGAACGAGGAGCUUUUGGAGCAUUUUGGUUACUCUGGAAAAAUUGCUAGUGCUUCAUUAUAAUCCUGGUUUAAGUUGAGUAUAUCCAUUUAGAGUUUCAUUUUCUUUAUUAUGUUUAUUAUUAUUAGUAUUAGCCCGAAACUAAAUCCAAUCUGAUAAAAACUAAAGUCAAGAGAGGCAA